AUGAGUCUGCCUUCUGCGUCUCCGCCUGCUGCUGCGGGCUCCAAAGGCAGCAAAAGCAGCAGCAGCAGCAGCAGCAGCAGCAACAGCAUGAAGCCCCCUAUAGGUGGCGAAGAUGUCUGUGCUGUUGUUGUACAGCUGGGGGCCUCCACUAUAAAUGUCGGCUAUGCUCAGGAAGAUCAUCCUCGUAUUGCUGCUGCUGCUUGCGUAGGCAGAAGAAAGCUGCGCAUGCCCCAGCAGCAGCAGCAGCAACAGCAGCAGCAGCAGCAGCAGCAGACAGCGGGGCUUUUCUGUGGGUCUUGUUGCUGCUGCCAGUCGCAUGCCGCUGUGUGCGCUCCCCCAGAUAUAGCUGCCAGCAGUCCACAGCAGCAGCAGCAGCAGCAGCAGCAGCAACAGCAGCAGAAGCAGCAGCAGCAUCAGCAGCAGAAUUGCUUGACUUGGAAGCAGUCUCUUGAUGUCUCUCCAUCUGUCUUUUACAGCAGAGGUCCCUUCGCUUGGCCUUGCGAAGGCAACAGCUGCUGCAGCUGCUGCUGCGGGGUGCAGCAAAUUGUCUUCCCGGUGUCUCUUGAGGUUGCAGCACCCCACAUCGAUAUACACCCUAUCUUAGCAGAUGCUAAGCAGCAGCAACCAGCAGCAGCAGCAGCAGAUGCAGCAGCAGCAGAUUCAACAGACGCAGCAGAUGCAGCACCAACACCUUCACUGGAGCGCGCAGCAUCUGCUGAAGACACGCGAACGCCACAGCAGCAGCAGCAGCAGCAGCAGCAGCAGCAGGUGCAGCAGCUAAAUAAAGUUCUGGAUAGAGAAGCUUUCUCAACUGCUGUGCGGAUUUGCAUAGAAGGAAGUGCUUCAAAAGAAGAAGCAAACAAAAGAACCGUCAGGCCGCCACCAAUACACAAGCAGCAGCAGCAGCAGCAGCAGCAGAAGCAGUUGAAGCCUAAGACCGAAGCUCAGAGCUGCAACUGCUGCUGUGCAAAGCAGCAGCAGCAGCAGCAGCAGACAGGUGCUGAUUGUAACGGUGUGCGUGCAGCAGCUGCUGCAGCAGCAACCAGCGACGGCGAAGCGAAGCUGGGCAUAACCUGCAGCAGCAGCAGCAGCAGCAGCAGCAGCAGCAGCAGCAGCAGCACAAUUGAAGCGUUUGGCUGCUCACCUUUCGGAGGGUUAGGUAUUUGGGCUCAUGAGCAUCCGCUGCUGAUUGUUACACCUACAGGUGCGUCUGCUGCACUGCUGCGAUCGCUUGCUGCUGCAGCAUUUGAAGACUUAGCUGUACCCGCUGUUUUCUUCGUGUCUGCUGCUGCUGCUGCUGCUUUCUCUGUGGGGCGAAGCACAGCACUUGUUGUUGAGCUCGGAGCAGCAGGCAGCUCUGUUGCUGCUGUUGCUGAUGGUUAUACACUCAGCUGCAACACGAUUAUUACUCCUGUAGGGGGUAGCCUGCUAGAUAAACAAAUACAGCUGCUUCUAAAGCAUCAGCUGCUGCAGCACCAGCUGCAGCAGCUGCAGCAGCAGCAGCAACAGCAGCAGCAAAUGCAGGUACAGGAAGAAGACGUGCUGCUGCCGCUCUUCGCGAGCCGCACCAGCAGCAUCAGCAGCAGUAUCAGCAGCAGCAGCAGCAGCAGCAGCAGCAGGUGGUGGUGGUGCAGCAAAUCUUUGCUGCAGCAAAGUCAGCUCGAAGUAUGCAGACGACUGAGGGAGAGCUGCUGCGUCGUUCGUUCAUUUGCAGAAGCAAAGAACCCUCUAUUAGUUAGGCCGCUGCAGAUACACCCCAAGGGUGCAGCAGCAGCAGCAGCAGCAGCAGCAUCAGCAGCAGCAGCAGGAGCAGCAGCAGCAGCAGGAUCAGGAGAAGCAGCAGCAGCAGCAGCAGAAGCAGCAACAGCUUUAUUUGAACUGCCAGACGGGACGACUGUUGAUUGCAGAGGCAUACGAACAGCUGUUGCUGAGUUACUGUUUAAACCUGAUGAAGCACUCGCUGCUCUGCAGCCCUUCGUAGGAAGCGAUACAAAUAUUAUUAAAGAAGAUAUUGCUGGCUUCGCAGGAAUCACACAUGUAGUUGAAGAUUGUUUGUACAGCUGCGACGUAGACUUGCGUCGCGAUUUGCUGUCGGCUGUCGUCUUAACGGGGGGCCUCGCGUUAACUUCAG